AAUUGACAUCCCAGCAAACCUUAAAAAGACCAAGUCGGCCCAUACACACAACAAACCAUCAAAUGUCCCCCUCCUUGCCCCAUCCACCAUGAUGAUUGACGGCGAAUAUUUUCCCACCGGAAUAUCCAGUACGGAAUACCUCACCGCGGUGAUUUGCGCCUUCGGGGCCCUCAUCGCUUGGAAGCUUGUUUCGGCAAUCUUCUUCUCCCCGCUAUCGCAUGUUCCCGGGCCACUGGUGACGGCAAUAACCCCGCACUACAUAAACUUCCUUUCGGCGCUCAACAGAAGGACUGUCGGAACCUAUUCGCUGCACAGACGGUACGGGCCGAUAGUUCGGGUAUCACCCACCGAAGUCUCGGUUCUUUCCCCGCAAGCGAUCAAAGAGGUUUACUCUUCCCCUCAUUACGCCAAGUACGCCCCCCUGUACUCCAUCUUCACGCACUUUGGGGCCCAGACCGCGUUCACCAGCUGCACCCGUGAAGAGCAUGGAUGGCGGAGAAAGGCCGUGUCGGAAGCCUAUUCGCUGUCUUUUGUGCUCAAAGAUGAAGUAGCAACUGGGAAGGUGCUCCAGGCUGUCAAGGAUUACUUGAGUUUCGUGGAAAGCGACAGGAGGGUUGACAUCUAUAACGCGAACACAUUUUACGCGACGGACGUGGUCACCGGGAAGAUAUUUGGGCUGGAGGCUUCUAUGAAGACUCUCGCUGGAAAUGAAGCACAUCGCGACAUUGUUCUCGGUCAUUAUGCCCGCACCAGAAGAACUCAGGUGUGGAUGUACAUUGAAUUCCCAUUGGUGAUGAAUGUAUUCGAGUGGUUUGCGUUCUAUGCGGGGAAGGUGUGGAGUUUGGUGUGCGGAGAAAAGAUUGAGGAUUGGGAGAUGGUGAGUCGGAUCCAGAGGUGGGGUUGGGACGCAUAUAUGGAUGUCAAGUCAAAUUCUCGCGAGGGUACCCUCGCCGGGAGGCUUGCGAGGCUUGCGGAAGAUGGCGGUGGCGCUGAAGGAGUCUGGGACGAUAGAGGCGUCGCCAGCGAGGCAAUGGUAGGUGAUUUAUUGUUUUCCAUCCCGUCCCCCGAAAAAUUAUCACCGGAAGCAACGGAAUCCCCUAGUCCGAAAAUCCGGAGUAAUAUCGGCGAUAAGACUUACAUUUAGGUGCUCUGAUGUUGCCUUGUGAUCCUAGAUUGCGAGGCCUGGGAUGGCUCCCGACUAAACCCUUUGUUUAUUCCAAUUGACGCUGGCGACUGAUGGUGUUUUUACAGGACCAAAUGCUGGCGGGUAUGGAUACGACUGGUAUGUUGAGAAGGUUUUAUGUUUUUCCCAGUCAUCGCCAUAGCUCUGGUAGUAGGAUACCUUGCCACGCCUAUUCUAGAUGUGGAGAUAUCUACCGGACAUGGACAGGCAGUAGAGAAUGCAUCGGUAUCGCUGACAAGUACAAGGUGACACUUUAUCAUUCCUGAUGUACCAGCUGUCACUCCCAGAAUCUAGGAACGUUCAAAAGAGGCUUCACUCCGAAUUGCUCGAUGCUUUCCCUAAGCCGGCCGAGAUAUCCGGUUCCAGUUGGCCCCAUUCAAUGGAUAUCCAAAGUCUCCCUCACGAAACCAUUCUAAAAGUUCUGAAUCUGCCAUAUCUAGAGGCGGUUCUCAAGGAGACAUUACGAGUGUACACAGCCAUCCCUAUUACACUGCCGCGAGUUGUCCCCCCCUCCGCGACCACCGAUAGGGUUAGUGGCCAUAGAAACGGGAGAAUUAUUGAAGGGAAAUUCAUUCCGGCUGGUAAGGCACCUACCCGAUGGCCAUUUUCUAACGCUCACCGCGAAAUCCUAGGGACCACCAUAGGGACGUUUGCCUACGGUAUCCACCGCGACGAGGUCUUUGCCGUGGAAACCGGGAGGAAAGAUAAUCUUGGAGACGUCGAUAACUUCCUCCCGGAAAGAUGGCUGAUCAACGGAGGUCUCGAAGAUAAACUGACCCCCGAUGAGAUGGAACAAGAAAAGCAAAGAAUCCGGACGAUGGAAGCGAGACUUUGGGCUUUUGGUAGUGGCGCAAGAAAUUGUGUGGGAAGACAGUAGGCCCCCCCUUGUUCCGUCAUUCGGCGUUAUAACGCUCCAGUCCGAGGUAAUCGGAGAUCGCUCUGGCGAUUCGAUUCGAAACUCAUGCUUACGAGUGAUCAUCGGUGAAGCCUCUCUAUCCUCGAAAUGAAGUUGCUGCUCUCGACAAUAUAUUCGCGUUAUCAAACGCAGGUCACGCCCAACAGUGGCGUAAAGAUCACACACAAGUAUGUCCUACAUUGGUUAACCCCUCGAUUAGGAAAGUCUGAAUGCUAAGAGAGGUCUACUGUGUUAAGCCGAUGGCAUCAGCGUAGGACAUUCAGGGAUGUGCUACCAUUCAGUGGGGUGGACGGCGUGGUCACAUUUACUCCUUACGAGUAAUUUAAUAAUCACGUCUUACCGUCUGGAAUGACUUUGAUGUACUGAGAUCUAUCUUUUUCAUAUGAAUUCUCCUUGACAAACGAUAAUCCAUUCAG